UCCCUCGUCGACAACCCCAAUUAUCCUACGUGGAAUUCCAGAAAUUUCCCCUAAAUCUCAACCGUUAAAACUAUCAUCUUUCUAUCACACCAUCUUCUUCUUGUUCUUCACACAUUGAUUUCGCGUUUCGUCUUUUUCUUUUCGUACUCCAAAUAGAAACGUAACAAAACGAAACCAUACGAACGUGAACGAAACCAGGUUGGUGCCACUGCCAUGGCUACCCAGCAUCAACCUUCAAGCGCGUUCUCCUUCCUCUCAAAAGGCUGGCGCGAAGUCCGUGACUCAGCUGACGCGGAUCUCCGUCUAAUGAAAGACCGAGCCAACUCGUUCAAAAACCUAGCCACCUCAUUCGACCGGGAGCUUGAGAAUUUCUUCAAUUCCGCUGCGCCGGGGUUCUCCGUCGCGGCGAUGCGUUCUUCUCCUCCCGCUGAGAUUGAAUUCGUGAAGAGACUGCAGCCGAAGUUGUCGGAGAUUCGUAGGGCGUACUCGUCGCCGGAUUUUAGUAAGAAGGUUCUGGAGAAGUGGAAGCCGAGGGCGAAGAUUCGGAUUGAUUUGUCGGCUAUUAGGAAUGCGAUUGUGGAGGAGGAGAUUGGGGAUGGGGUUGUGGAUUUUGAGAGAAUUAAGGGGAGAAGGUUAGGGUUUUGGGAAGGGUUGAAAGGGGAGAGUGAGAGUGAGAGUGAAAGUAGGGAUUGGGAACCGAUUCGAGCUUUGAAAACUAGGAUUAGGGAGUUUGAGAAGAAGAGUUCUUCUGUGGAAAUUUUUGAUGGGUUUAAGAAUAGUGAAUUUCUUGAGAAACUUAAGUCUAGCUUGAAAUCGAUGUGCAAAGAACCCCAAGAAUCAAAGGAAGUGCCACCACUGGAUGUACCUGAACUUCUGGCCUACUUUGUUAAACAGUCUGGGCCAUUUUUGGAUCAACUUGGAGUCAGCAGAGAUACGUGCGACAAGAUAGUUGAAAGCCUGUAUAGCAAACGCAAGAACCAACUUCUACUGCAGUCUGAUUCUGAGGAAGAAUCUUCUUUGCUUGGGAAUGGAAACAUAAAUGAUGAAUUGGAUCUGCGAAUAGCCAGUGUCCUUCAGAGCACAGGACACCGGUAUGAAGGUGGACUCUGGACAGACCGUCCAAAGCAGGAUUUCUCUAGCAAUGAAAGACAUGUUGCAAUAGUCACAACUGCUAGUCUUCCUUGGAUGACGGGAACAGCUGUAAACCCACUAUUUCGAGCUGCAUAUUUAUCACAGUCUAAAAAGCAGAAAGUUACUCUGCUGGUUCCAUGGCUUUGUAAAUCGGACCAGGAACUAGUUUAUCCCAGCAACCUCACUUUUGCUUCCCCAGAAGAGCAGGAAGGUUAUAUACGCAACUGGCUUGAAGAAAGAACUGGUUUUAAGGCAGAGUUCAAAAUUUCAUUUUAUCCCGGGAAGUUUUCAAAGGAAAGGCGUAGUAUAUUACCCGCUGGAGAUACUUCUCAAUUUAUACCAUCCAAGGAUGCUGACAUUGCUAUCCUGGAAGAACCAGAACAUUUGAAUUGGUAUCAUCAUGGAAAGCGUUGGACAGAUAAAUUCAACCAUGUUGUUGGCGUUGUCCAUACCAAUUACUUAGAAUACAUAAAGAGGGAGAAAAAUGGGGCACUUCAGGCAUUCUUUGUGAAACACAUCAACAACUGGGUUACAAGAGCUUACUGUAGCAAGGUUCUUCGUCUCUCGGCUGCUACUCAGGAUUUACCCAACUCUGUAAUUUGCAAUGUUCAUGGUGUGAAUCCCAAGUUCUUAAAAAUUGGAGAAAUGAUGGCUGCAGAGAGAGAGCUAGGGCAGAAGGCUUUCACAAAAGGGGCAUAUUUCUUGGGAAAGAUGGUAUGGGCAAAAGGAUAUAAGGAGUUGAUAGAUUUAUUAGGAAAGCAUAAGACUGACCUUGAUGGCUUCAACAUGGAUGUAUUUGGAAGUGGAGAGGAUGCUCAUGAAGUCCAGAGUGCAGCUAGAAGGUUGGAUUUGAAUCUCAACUUUCAGAAAGGAAGAGAUCACGCAGAUGAUUCCCUUCAUAGGUACAAAGUCUUUAUAAAUCCUAGCAUCAGUGAUGUGCUAUGCACAGCUACGGCCGAGGCACUUGCCAUGGGAAAAUUUGUAGUGUGUGCUGAUCAUCCAUCAAAUGAGUUCUUCAAUUCAUUUCCCAAUUGUUUGAUUUACAAGACACCAGAAGACUUUGUAGCAAAAGUAAAAGAAGCAUUAGAAAAUGAGCCUUAUCCUCUCACACCUGAACAAAGAUAUAAACUUUCUUGGGAAGCUGCAACUCAAAGAUUUAUGGAAUAUUCCGAUCUUGACCAAAUCCUAAACAUGGAAAAGGAUGGCGUAAAACCAAGUAGAGAUAAAGGAAAGCUCAUUGGCAAGUCUGCAUCAAUGCCUAAUCUUUCAGAACUUGCAAAUGGAGGCUUAGCAUUCGCUCACUACUGUCUCACUGGGAACGAGUUCCUGAGAUUAUGUACUGGAGCAACACCUGGGACACGUGAUUAUGACAAGCAACACUGUAAAGACCUUAAUCUCUUGCCCCCACAGGUGGAGAAUCCUAUCUAUGGCUGGUAAAUAGAUUGACUAGUUUGAAUAUGGGGAUGGCUAAGAAAUAUUUGUGAUGCCAGAUCAUGACAAGCAGCAUUGUAAAAAAGUUAUAAAUUGCUGGUGAAUAGCUCUAGCGCUUCAAAUUUGUAGUUUCUGCUUGUUUAUAGUUUGUAAUUAGGUGCCUGUUAUAGUCCUUAAUUUUUGUAGCUGUAAUUGUUUUUGUAUUUUAACUCAGUGAUGUAGUUUUUUUACUACUUUUAAAUCACACGUAGAAUUCUAAUUUUGAGUUUUA